UUUGUGUGUGUGUGAGCGCGCAGGGCGAGUGCGCGUUGGUGGUGCGGGCGCGUUUUUCUUUUGGUGCGUUUAUUUUUCUGCAUCUCUCUUUUGCUGCUUCUCGUUCUACGCGUACCUGCCUGCAUACCGAUGCUCCGGAGCGCGGCGUCGCCCGUCGCGAAAAUGCAGCAGCCGACGUUGCCGCUGCGUAAUUGCUAAAAGUUUUCGUGUGUCAGGCAGCAGCGACAACUUGGUCGUCGAUUCGCCUUCGUUUCCAGCAACGGCGUCUCGUCCGGCCGAGUCGACCUCGCCGAGCGGAUUGUCCGACAUCGCAAGGGGCCUCUCGGUGCGAGCCCAGUUUCCGCGUGUGCGUGCUGCUGUGCCGUUCGGUUUCUCGACCGUCGUUGACAUCACCCUGUUGUAGAAGCUAAUCGUGCCCAGCGGACUGCUAAAAGGAGUACCAGCCUCGUUCUCAAGUGUGCGCCCAGACAUCGCCGUUCGCCGAUGCACCUGUCCGGCGAGCCGACAUUGUGUGCUAUCAUCGCCCGAAGAAUUCCCGGCCUAGGCUGGCUCUAGGCAAGCGACGCACCACAGAUGCCAGUUGAAUGGCAGCCAUGCCAGGGGUGAUGAAAGUGGAUAGUUGGGAGGACAGACAUUCUGUGAGCAGUGAAUACGACAACUAUUUGGUGCACAAGGACCGAACAGACCUAGACAUGAGGAGCUCAAGGUCGGCAUACUCCAAUGGCUACAGCUCAGCUGACCAGCACAGUGACUUUGGAGCUGAGGAGGCGCCUUCGUACUUCCUUGAACACUUGGCCACCUUCUCUGUUGGGCAGCAGUAUGCCCUGGAAACCCCAAAGGAUGGGUUGCGGAAGUUGUUUCAGAUGGAAAAGUCCAAGGGUAUCUGGACACAAAAGAUGAAGAUGAAGCUGGAUCGCAAAUGGGUCAUUAUCAUCGACUGUGAGAAUGGGGAUGUGGUGGAGCGCUUUCCCAUGAGUCUGAUCAGCGACCCAACAGCUUUCACAUCGGACGACCCACGAGAGUUGUACAACAACAUCCUGGUGUUUGUGGUCCAAGAUGACCCAACCUCUUCCAGCCAGCAAGAGCACUCCGAGAUGCAUAUCUUUCAAUGUGUCCGCAUCUCAGCUAAGGAAGUGGUGGAUGAUAUCAAGGCCUUCAUAAUGGGAAAGAGCCGAGGCAAGGUACGCUGCGAGAGGAAGAGCCUGCCGCCACCACCAAAUGUGACAGCACCCGAACCCCCCGUCAACGGCGGCGGCAUCAAUGUGCGCGAGCAAGUCAGCAUCUUCAAUGCAGCUGCUGUGUCACAGGGGUCUCCGCCGCCACCUUCACACGGUCCCAUGCUCCGUGGGGGACCACCACCUCAUGACAAGAUAGACGCACACCACGCGCGUGGGAUCGGCUAUACGCGCGAAUCUAAUGAUGAGACCAGCUCGACAACUAGCGAGAAGUACGAACGCGACGUGGCCAUCCUUAACCACUGCUUUGACGACAUCGAACGAUUCAUUGCCCGACUCCAGCAUGCUGCCGCAGCCUACCGAGAACUCGAACGUCGCCGCAAGUCACGCAAGAACAAAAAGAAGGAUCUCGGAGAUGGAAUGCUGAGCAUGCGUGCCAAGCCACCGCCAGAUAGAGAAUUUGUUGACAUCCUGCAGAAGUUCAAACUGUCCUUCAACCUUCUGGCCAAACUGAAGAACCACAUCCACGAGCCAAAUUCUCCCGAACUGGUUCACUUCCUGUUUACUCCUCUUGCGGUUAUUGUGGACGCAGCGCGAGAUUGUGGCCGUCCCGGCACAGGUGCUAGCCUGGCGGCACGUGUGGUUAGUCCCCUGUUGACGAGGGACGCACUUGAGCUGCUGGCCAACUGCUGCACGUCCAAGGAGAGUGACCUCUGGCACAGCCUAGGCGACGCUUGGGUGGUACCACGGGACAUGUGGAAAGGUUAUGAGUCGGAGAGCUAUCAGCCAGUCUUCUCGGAUGGAUGGGCGCCUGACUGUAGCGGGUCUGACGAUCAGGCACCUCCACCCUCUCAGCCACCUCGUAUGCGCCGACGGUCACAAGAAGAGGUUGAACUUCGCGAUGUUCCCGAUUACCACCCCCAUCGUGGAAACGUCGUGUCAUCACAACAUGACAUAGACAGCCGCUAUGGUGGCAGUGACUAUCUCAGUGAACGCGUGGCACCGCUGCAGGCUUCGCCUUACGAUCGAGGCUUCUCACCACGCGACCACAUGGAAAGGCCUGGUGCACAGACUCCAUCUGAGUCAGACAUUCAUGACCCACGGGACCAACGCUCGGAGCUCAGUGUCGACUCUAUGGAAGCCGGAGGAGGUGAUCCACAAAGGCAGUGGCGUGCAUGGGCAGAGGCCCUCCGUGACCAAGGAGCCAAAAUAGUACAAGUGGUUUACCCCCGUACUGCCAACAAUGACAAGGAGCUAACCGUAGUGCGGGGAGAAUUCCUUGAGAUUCUAGAUGACAGCCGCAAGUGGUGGAAGACUCGCAACAUACGAGGCCAGGUUGGCCAUGUGCCACACACAAUCGUCACACCAUGCCAUCUUGACGACUCCGGCAGUGUUGGAUAUGAGCGCUCUUCAAGUCGGGAGAACUACAACCGCUCUCCUUAUCCGCCUGGUGGAGCAUUUGCUGACAUGGGCCUUGAGGGCGAUUCCUCCCCACCUCAUGACCUUGGGGGAGAUUCGAUGAGUUCAUCAGGGCUUGGCAUGGGAAGUCCGCGUGGAGGCGGACCUCGCCAGCCACCUGCUCCGGCCGACUGGGUCCGUCGCGAGCGACAGGGGAAGAAAGGUGAAUUCCGAUACUUUUAAGGGGGCACACCUCACCCGCCGUAUCACCCCUGCUUCUGCUGUUGCGCGCUAGCGGGCGAUGAAAAGUUGACAGGACAGUGCGUUACCCUCGUUAUCCUCUACCCGCGGGAAACCGAGAAAUCAUCCCUGCAUCAUCCUUGCUUGAACACAACCCUACUGGCCCCGCCCAAGUGCAAGAGUCUGGUUUCAAGCAGUGUGUGUGUAUUGUCUGCUAUCCACCCCUGCUUCUGUUGCUGUGUUUGUGUGGCAGGCGACGAAAUGGACAGUGUGCUGCACCUUCCUCGCUGACUGCUUUGAGAGGGAGAGCUCAGUGGGUGUUUAGUGUGGCAUCAAUUUGUUGUUUCGUCAACCCAGGCAUUGAAGUGCGAUAGCACGAGCGGUCAUUCCUGAAAGCGUUCUCCCUAAUUAGCCUGUCUAAGUGCGAUAUGCAAUGCCAACAGCUGCCAGGCUUUGUUGUCAGUUGAUGUAACAGCGCUGUCAAAGUGCGUCAAGAGUGCGUCAAGAGUGCUUUCUCUAUUCAUGUGGAGAAGUUCAUAAAUCUGUGUGUGACUUUGAACGAACAGAAAAAGAAGUGAAUCUGUGCAAUAGAGGUUCGCUUACAGUGUGUCCAUGCUGCAGUUACCUCAUAUCACUUCACAUCAAUGGGUAGGCAGCAAAUUGCUUUAUCCCUUUAUUCUCUUGGUGAAAACAUACCGGGUUACAUGAUGCAUUCCCAACAUGCCUUGAGCAUUGCCAUUUAUUGUACAUUAUCAGUGCGGAUGACAGAGAACAGCACUGGCUUUUCUAUUCUUGUCCAAGUAGUGUCCAUAAAUACAUGCUGACAAUAUUCACAGCCAAGGAGAGGUAAUUAAUCUUCCGGCAGAGCCUUGCAGCAAUCAAGAUCAUCAUUGAGUGGACAGAUAGAGGCAGAAGUGUAGUAUUCUUCAUAACGAUACUAGAACUAUUGUAUAUUUUCUUUGGAAAUCUCGAAGUAAAUGGCUAACCGAACAAACUCCUCAGUCCUUCUAUCAUUACGAUGAGAAAUGAGAUAUUCUUUUCAAUUUUAUUAUUUUUUUCACCUCUUGUAUUCUAAACAAUAAAGUUAUAUUUCUUCAUAUAUCAUUACUUGGUGUUUCAAAAGUGUUUACAUAUAGAUACUCUAAAGGUUACCAUUGUUCUCAACUUCAAAGGGCAGGGAACUUAAAAUAUUGUUCUUUAUAAUGAGAAUGAAUAUUUUUACCCUCUAAAAAUUAGCUUGUGUUGAUGGCUUACAAGUCAUAGCACAUCAAACCAUAAAAUUUUAUUUUUGCUUUAUUUUUGAGAUGUCAUUCUGUAGCUUAAGGAUUAGUGGAACACUUUUUAAAUGCAGCAUUUACUGAAGUGCUGAUAAACCAUGGCGUACGAUGCCACGGCAUUUCCACACCCUUCUUGGGUGGUCACUGUUUUCGUCGUGUGUCAUUGAAACCUGCCUGCCUUUUUACAAGAUGCUAACAACAGUGAACUACAUUUCUUUUAACUGCCAUGUAAGCAUACCCGAGUGCCACCUUAAUGUUUUGCAGUAAAGAUGUUAUCUGAGAAAAAGGACUAGCCCUAUCACGGCCAAUGUUGCACUGUAAUCCAAUCUAUAGAUGUUUUUGUGUGUUGGCAUGUUUCUAGUGGCCUUCAUGAACAGGCUGACGUGAAGCUUUUCAUUACUGGAAAACUUAAGACACUGUUGCAGCUCCGAUAAUGAAAACUUGGGUUAGUCCUUGCUUGCUGUCAAGGCUGUUCAGUGCACCCUGGACUAGUGCUGGUUUCUCGUUUUUGUUAAGCAUUUCUCAGCUAUGAGGAUCUUGCAACAUCGGAUCUGUACAGCAUGUUUAGAGUCUGUACAGCAUUUAUGCAUUUGCUGUGCCAAACGUCAACUGGUAGAUACAUGCAGCUAGGUGUCAAUCAUGCAUAACGACAUGUAUGAUGAAGCUGACAUGUUAUUGACAACGUACUGAGGCACAACAAUAGAUGCUAGCUCGACCCAGGUGUUCUGUGACUACCUAAAUUCUAACCAGGCAACAUAAAUGCGUAGAACGCCACAGAAGUUCAAACUAGGUGGCUUUUAGCUUUCAAACGGAACCAUCUCUAGCCGUCUGCAGCAAGAAAGCAUUACACAGUAAGUCUUGUAAAUUAAUAUGCUGAUUUUUAAGCCCUAAUGUGAAUCAUUUUUCCACUAACCUGAAACUAUCAAACAACUUGAUGAGACAGACUUUUUAUCUUGUUGUGAUUCAGUAGACUGUAUGUUAUAAAGUUUGACUAAGAAUUUAAGUUCAAGAAAACUUAAGAACGACCUCUUUCUCGUUAGCUUGUGUGCAUUUAUCACUAUCGAUAGCCAGCCAUUGUCAUCAUAAGAAAAUGCAUCAUAAGAGUGCAUCACUGCUAUUACACAUAAUAGACCCACUAAUUAAUGUGAAAAUACUUUUAUUAUAUCUACUGUUUGCACACACAGUAAUAUCGAUAAAAAGUCACCAAACUUUAGAUUUGCUGUCCGACAAAUCAUUAUAAUAAAGUUAAACUGAACGCAAACUCGGUAAUCAGUUCAGUACAGCAGUUGUGCAAGCAUUUCGGGAGCCUUUUCUGUAUGCCUCACUUUACGAUGGUUGUGGAAGCCUUGAAGCAGCAAGGACAACAAAGGAAAAGGUGUUUAUUUUCUUCAGACAUUGACAUAUGCUCAAGUUUCGUAUGUAUCUUCCUAUUCCGGUAGAGCUUUUACUGUGGCAGUGUUGCAACAGAGUUGGAAUCAAAGUGGUCGAUUAGCUGUCAUGAUCAUACUGAAGUGGCUUGCCUCUAGUACGUACCUACAAAGCAUGCCAUGUGUCAAAGCAUGCGUGCGGCAGCAUUUAGAACAAAAUACAACGUUCAAGGUGCAGCACACGAGAAGUUGUAUUUGUUCAAAGCCAUCAAGGAUCAAAACAGUGUUGUGAUAACAGAGUUUGCAUUUCUCAGUCCCCUGGGCCAAAUGUUUGGCUUUUCAUGUGUACUGCCAAGCUCAUGCCAUAGAUGGACAUUUUAAGCUCUUUUACCAUUUUAUAGCUUCUGCGUUGUGAGUAGCUUAGGGUUGAACCACUUAAGAGAUGCACCUUUCUUUGUAUGUCUGCACUGAGCACUUGGCAGCUGUUAAUAGCAUGUUAAAGAUGGCUAGUGUACAUUGUGCAUGUAACGUUGAUGCUUUAGAGAGGAUCUAAAAUACAUGCUUCGGCUAGCUAUACACCAGUCGUUUACAGAACAAAGCAUAGUGGUUUGCCAGACAUUUUAUGAAACAGUUUGUUGUUUGUUGAGUGUCUGUCUGCAGUGUUUCUUCAGCGAUGUACAUUGUUUCUGACCUAUUUGUCGGCAUUUAAUGAAGCUGUCAGAAGCACUUACGACAUAGCAGCAGCUUUGUAGCACUUUUCUCGCUUCUUCUUUCUUGUUUUUUACUUGAUCUGUCUUGCCGUUUAGCAUCAUUAGGUUCCUCCUGUUAUGCCAGGACGCUUCUUUCUAGCUUUUCCUACUGAACGCUUUACACAUGCACGCAUUCUUAUGAAUGAAUUUCCACUUUGUUAUACAAUUCCAUUUAGAUGACCCCAUGCUUUUUUUACACUUUGGUCAAGAGGUUGUCUGUUUUUUAUUUUGUGCAAAACUUGAUACACAAGAAGUUUUUAUGUUGCGAUAUGAGGUGCAGUUGUGAAAGCACUGCAGCUCGUUGGUUCCAAGCAUCGUUGGUGAAGGAUCGCAAUUUAAACAUUCCAUAAUUGAGACGCUACUGCUUUUAACUCGCACCUUUCCUAUGGCAACAUUGUUUUGUUUCGUGGUCUGGUGUAAGGAUGACGAGUUUCACGAUAAACUUACCGUAAACAGCAAUUCUUCUCUAACUUCUGCUGUACUGUUGUCAUUGUUGGGAAUGUCGUGUUCUACCAAACUUUGAAUAGCUGUUAGUAGUUCUACAUUGCAAUGUUUAGAGUUGUAUUUUCCCCUUCUCCGUCCUGUUUGAUAUUGACAGUCAAGUUCUUCCAGAUAUCUACUUGUGUACAUAGAAGACUACUAUUGUUUUUUUGUGAGUCAUCAGCUAACGGGAGUUGUUUGUGACGGGAGCAUGCUACGAAAGCAAUCUCUAAAUCUCUCUUACCGGAGAGACACUUUUUGUUGGCAGUUACGAGCAUUGUAUGGAUUGCUGGGCUUUGCUACUCAGCAACAUUUUGUUUAGUGGGGUAGAAGCCUUGUUGAGCAUGCCAUUAUUGAGGUGGCAGUCUUUUUCUCUGUCGGAGCCACGGUUGUCCUUUCCCGGCAUGCUGCAAUGACUGCUGAUAUACUUAUGUUUGUAUGAUGAUAGCUCAGGUCAGUUUCCUCCCGAGUUCAUGCUGUACUUUCAUAGUUCACUCCGUGGACUCUGUUCACUUUCGCGUGCGGGAAGUGUUGUAUUUGUAUAAUGCAGCAUAGAUGUGUUUGUGCUUCAACCACUGAUUUGGGAGCUGCAUUUUACGCAGUGGUCUUUUAAAAAAAAGCCAAUGUUUCUGGUGGUCACUGGCGGCAGUUGCACGUAGCGGCACUCCUGUUGACAAGCGUCCAGCAAAGCUUGCCAAUUCUGUGUGACAAAAGUGCCUUAGAGCUUGUUUCUGGAGGAUACAUCACUUUUUCCGAGAAGUGUGGCAGAAGGCUUUGUGCUUGUUGGGAUCGAAAAUGAACAAAGUUUUUCGUGUUACUGUUGUGUGUCAAAAGAAAUGUUUUGCGAACAGCACGUCUGGCACAUUUAUCCAAGUGUUAACUGCACUUUAAUGUUAAUGUUAACAGAGACAUGUUAGCGAGAAGAGAUAGAUAUAUACUUACUAUAUACAGAGGUUACAAAGAGCGACCCAUAUCCCAGAAUGCCAGUCUAUCCCAAUUUUGCCAUGUUCUGUGUUCUGCGUAUGUGUUUUUUUUUUCCUUUUUUCUACAUUUAAAUACUACCUACCUCUUAAUUUUUUUUUACUUCUGUUUGUGUGUAAAGAUAAAAAUAAAACACUCGAGUGGCAGUUCAGCUUGCAAUACAUUCAAAUGUUACAUUACGGCCAUCGUGGGUGUUGAUGGCAUUUGGCUUUGAAUUUACCAGUAGACCAGUGUCCAGUUCUAUUUUUCAAGUGUUUCACUUUUUAUUGAGUCUUGUACAAGCUGAGUGCAUGAAUAAAGUCUUCCCCACCUUACCAUUAACAAAAA